UCUAGCUAGUUGGACAGAAAAAUAGCACAGUAGAAAAAGGGACACAGAUAAGACACAAUCGGAUACUAGUAUAUAAAUCAAAAAGAGAGAGUUGGUUUCUCUGUUCGGUCUCAUUUGCAACACACAUGCCUCUCAUCUCACGCAGCAACAUAUUGAGUUUGCCUUUAACGGUUAUAAUUUCUGAGGACACUCAUCAUAUUUCACUCCUCUUUUCUUGGUUGCUACAUAAAUGGAUUUCAACACCAAAGACAAGGAUCCUUGGAAUUGGCAUAAGGAGGAAGAUUAUUGUCUCGAAAAGACGUCAAAUUUUGACAUUUCACAAGAGCUGUGGAAUGAAGUUCCUUCAAAUCAAGAUCUUUCUAUUGUGCUCGAUGAUGCUACAACCCCUGUGAAGUCUUGUGUGGAUUUUGCAUACAAUGUCAAUAAUAAUGGCAAGUUCUCUCUCAAAGAAUCAAAUGUUAUACAAAAGGAGCAGGAGGAAUGUUCGGAGACUUCUUCGCAAGCCAAGAGACGGCGGAUGCUACAUUUCAACGCUCACAAUGGGAAUCAUUCACUUUCGGAUGAACCGACGUCUUCAGCAUAUUUGAAAUCAAAUGAAUGCAAUGAAGAUCUUUUCCCAGAAGUGUCACAAUGGCUAUCUGGAGUUUCAGAAAAUGCGUCUGCUUCCAAUUACGAGGACCUUGAGUCAGCCGAAGGGUGGAUUGCAGAGUGCUUUAAAGAUGCUGAAAUGCAAUUAUGUCCUGAUAAUUCGAAUUUUUCUGGUGCAGAUGAUGUUCACAUUGAUGUUAAUGAGCUCUGCAACUUAACACCGCCAAUUGAACAGAAUGUGGUUCAGCCUCACUUCUCUCAAACUCCCAGAAAAAUUGUCUUCAGAGGUCGAAAAUCUAUGAUACAAACACCGACAAAGUUAGCUUCUUCUGUGGCCUAUCCAUUUACCUUCAUUAAACCCUGUGGUGUCCAUGGAGACGUCACUCUGAAGGAAAUAAAUAAGCGAAUUCAGUCUCCACCUCCUUCAAAAUCAAAGCAAGUCAAGGAAGAUCCUAUAGUCUAUCCGAAAUCAGCCUUUUCCGGUAAGCCUGUAGUUGGAAAGACAAAAAUACGCACCGAAGGCGGAAAAGGUAGCAUCACAAUUAUGAGAACUAGAGGCUAGGUAAAGUGGUUUAGUAGUACUAGCUUUUGUCUUUCCCCAUUUACUUAUGGGGUUGAUUUUAUUUUUUCUGUAAAAUACCAGAUCUCAGAUCCUUUAGGCUGUUUUGUUUAAGAUUGUUUUCGCUGCUAACGGAACUAUUCGGUGUUCCGAGGCCAUUUUUGUUGAAGCUAUACUCUAUCGCAUCUUUUAACACUCAACGAGGUUCGAACGCACCAUUGUGUUGAAACAAAUAUAAAGUCAAUCAAAAACCUUAGCUUUUCAAAUGACAAGUUCAUCAAGUUUGCUCUUAGUUUUUGUAACUGAGUCAAACAGAUUUUAGUUUA